UCUUCGUCCCUCCACAGCGACCUACCAUCCUGACCCAGCCCGCCUUGGAAAUCUCUCCUGCCGCCGCGCCGUAGGCCGUAGCCCACCGCCACCGCCCGCCGCCUCAAUCCCGCGCCCCCAACCCCUCCGCCUCCCACGCGCAUCGCCGCCACCCCCACCGCCGUCCCCGUCCUUCCCCACUGCGGCAUCGCGCCCCUGCCGUCUCCAGUCCACCCCGCCCUCAAUCUCUAGCCAUUUGCCCUAUGAGGUACGAGCUUGUUUUCACCCAGUGAUUCGUACCACCACAGUGACCUCCGCAGUUCCUAGGCGCGCCGGCGCGCAUCAGGCACACCGUAGAUCCGCCCCCUGAACCCCGUGGCUUCGCCGCGGUAGAAAUCGGUCGGAGGUAGGACUGUGUGCCCAUCCAUGGGGAGUCGGAAAAUGGCGUCGCAGCCCGGGCGUGGCACCGGCGGCGACGCCGGCACGUCGCAGCGCGGGCAGGUGCAGAGCCUGGCGAGGCAGGGGUCUCUGUACAGCCUCACCCUCGACGAGGUGCAGAACCAUCUGGGAGAGCCCCUGCAGAGCAUGAACCUCGAUGAGCUGCUCAGGACUGUCUUUCCCGAUGACCUGGAGCCCGAUGGCGCGACCACCAGCCAGUAUGUGCCGAGCUCAAGCCUCAUGCGCCAGGGCAGCAUCACGAUGCCGACCGAGCUCAGCAAGAAGACGGUGGAUGAGGUGUGGAAGGGCAUCCAGGAUGCGCCCAAGGGGAGUGUCCAGGGGGGUGGUCGGCGCAAGCGGGAGAGGCAGCCCACGCUCGGCGAGAUGACACUUGAGGAUUUCUUGGUUCAAGCAGGGGUUGUCACCCAAGGAUUUCUCAAGGAUACGGGCGAUGCUGGCAAUUUGGGUCUGGUGGGGAGAGGUGCUACUGCAGCCGGAGCCGCCGAUUUGACAUCUGGGGCACAGUGGUUAGGCCAGUACCAGCAGCAGAUUGCAGCUGCACCCAUCGACACUCCUCAACAUGGACAUCAAAUUGUGCCAGCUGCUUAUAUGCCCAUUCAGUUUGUCCCUAAGCCACUGAAUGUUGUUGGCCCUGGUGCCACUCUGGGAUCUGCUUACUCUGAUGGCCAGAGUACAUCACCAAUGAUCAGUCCAAUUUCUGAUUCUCAGACGCCUGGGAGAAAGCGUGGUGUAUCAGGAGAUGUCCCGAACAAGUUUGUGGAGAGAAGGCAGAAGAGGAUGAUCAAGAAUAGGGAGUCGGCUGCCCGUUCAAGGGCUAGGAAGCAGGCCUACACAAAUGAACUCGAAAACAAGGUAUCUCGUUUAGAAGAGGAGAAUGAGAGGCUAAAGAAGCAAAAGGAGUUGAACAUGAUACUUUGCGCGGUGGCUCUACCGGAACCCAAGUAUCAACUCAGGAGAACAUGCUCGGCCGCUUUCUGACUCUUUUCAGAAUACCAUCUUGUAGAUUUUAAUGUGGCCUUGCUCGCAAGUUUAGCCUCUUCGGAUUAGAAUUGUUUGCAAGCCUGGGAGUUCUUUUUGGCCUAUCCUUGCCCAGUGAUUUGUUGUGCGUAGAUUAGCGGGAGCCUAGCAUGUGCUGUGUUAGCACUUGGCACUUUUAUUUACCUGUGUGCGGAGGCCCUGCCACCAGCUUAGUGCGUAAAUCUGCUGGACACAUUUAAGUUCUAUACAUGUUUACUUGACC